GCUUUAAGUUUAGUGUGACUUUAUCUCCACACUGACUUAUGACUGACACGAGUCUGUCCUCAGUGAAGUGUCUCUUCACGCUGGAGGAGGAGUCCCGCUCAUCAGCACUCACACUUUACUGAUAUAUAUGGAGAAAAUAAAAAUGCUGCUUUCUGAUUUGUCACUGAUUGUGUUUGAUGAUUUCCUCUGUUGUGUCUAAUAAGGUAACAGUGAGUGUCAUUGGCAGCUGUGAGUCUCUCUCUCUCUCUCUAGGGGGCUGACAGGAGCCAGUUUCUUCAGUGUGUUUGAGGGAGCAGAGGAGAAACUUUGGUGCUGCAUUAAUUAGUUUUCUGAGGGGCAAACAAAGGGAUGGAAAGCUGUCUGACACUUAUUUUUUUCUCUUCAGUGGUUACACUUAUCACUGCUAACAGUGUGAGUGUGAGGCUGGUGAAUGCUGACAGUCGCUGUGCUGGUCGAGUGGAGGUUCUUCAUGAGGGUCAGUGGGGAACAGUGUGUCAUAGUUCCUGGGAUAUGACUGAUGCUACAGUGGUGUGUAGAGAGCUGAGCUGUGGAGAGGCUUUAGGAGUGCCUAACUUUGGACCUGGAUCAGGAAAAAUCUGGAUGGAUGGAGUGCGGUGUAAAGGAUCAGAGUCUACACUGAAGGACUGUAGAUCAAAAGGAUGGGGUAAACAUAAUAGCAACUGUGCUGAUCAUAGUUAUGAUGCUGGAGUCAGAUGUUCAGAAACCAUAAACUAUGGACUAUUUACAAGACUUGCUGAUGGACCUCACCUGUGCUCCGGGAGGUUAGAGGUGCUUUAUGGGAACACGUGGUACACAGUGUGUGCCGCUGUCUUUGACCAGCAGGAUGCAGAGGUUGUGUGUAGAGAGCUGGACUGUGGGGCUCCUGUACAGGUGCUGGGAGCAGCUGCUUUUGGUAAAGGAGACACUCAGAUGUGGACACAAGAGAUUCAGUGUGGAGGAAAUUAAUUACUCAUUCGAUUGUGUCCAACUUUAAUUGACAUAAAGUGCUCUCAAGACAACAAUGUGGGACUUAUAUGUUCUGGUAAAAUGUCACUGUUUAUCCUGUCAGUUAAUAAAUCAAAUCCAACAUUUUAAUCGCUAAAUAUACUAAAAUCCAAUUGUUCAACAUUUCUAAUGAGCAUGUUAUAAAAUAUGGAUGGUAAUACAACAACAGCAAUAAAAAUAAACAAUCAGUUCUUCCCUCUAAACUAUCCUGUUAUGUCUUGUUUAAAUAAGUUUUAAUUUCCUAUCCAGGUUACACUGAUCUCAGACUGACAAACGGUCCUGACAUCUGUUCUGGUCGAGUUGAACAUCAGUACUUCAGUAAAUGGGGCACAGUGUGUGAUGCAUGCUGGGAUAUGAGAGCUGCCAGUGUCCUCUGUAGACAGCUGAAUUGUGGGAUUGCUGUGUCUGUUGUGGGAUCAGACUGGUUUGGAGUGGGAAG